UCGUUGCCAAUGCAGUGUGUGAUGCCGUUCACAUUCAAUGAUUUAGUUUCCAUCUGGAUAGUAUAUACACGCGUUAACUACAAGAGGGAAAACUAGUUUUUAUUUAGAGAAGUUGCUUCUUUAUUUUUCUAUAUUGUUAUCAGCAACUACUGGAAUCAGAUAUUUUCUUAUUACGUGAAGACAUUCAAUACAACGAUUCAAUCUUGGAGAACGGCACGUGGAUCUGAGUGCCACCACUCCGAUAUUGAGUAAAUUCAGUAGUGAUAAAUUCAUUUCAGGAUUUAUUGACUGAUAUUAAUUAAAACAUCAUGAUGCCUGCUGAAAGAAUUCUCCAUGAAGCUAUCCAAGUAGCUCCACUGGGUCUUACGGAUGAUGUCAAACGUCAAAAGAUUGAAAACUCGUUGGUACAGAUGAGACUUUCAGCUGCAACUGCAAGGAAAAUCCAAGACAUCUUUAGAUCAGAAAUGAAUAAAGGUAUUCAUCAACAGCCUUCAUCUCUUCAAAUGGAAAACACAUAUAUUCCAGAAUUACCUAAUGGAACAGAAGAAGGAUUAUUCCUGGCUUUAGACUUAGGAGGCACUAAUUUUCGAGUUCUCCUAAUAGAAUUAGUCAAUGGUGUUAUUGUACGAGAAGAUGUAAAAAAAUAUCACAUUGAUGCUCAUUUGAGAACCGGCUCGGGUAUCCCAUUGUUUGAAUAUCUUGCAGAAUGCGUCAGCAACUUCGUUAUAAGCGAAGGUCUUCAAGAUGUAGAACUUCCUCUAGGUUUCACUUUUUCAUUCCCGAUGAUUCAGCAUUCUUUGGAAACGGGUAUUUUGCUAACAUGGACAAAAAGCUUUAAUUGUCCAGAUGUAGUAAAUAAAGAUGCAGUUAAAUUAUUGAAAGAUGCUCUCGCCAGACGUGCUGAUACAAGGGUUAAAGUGGUAGCUGUACUCAAUGACACCACUGGAACACUUCUUCAAGGCGCUACUCAGGAUCCAAAUACUGCAAUUGGUCUUAUUUUAGGCACAGGAAGUAAUGCUUGUUAUCUUGAGCGGGCUGAUAAAGUAGAGCACUGGGAACCUGAAAGACACGGUGAAAGAGAGGUAAUUAUUGAUAUCGAAUGGGGUGCUUUUGGUGAUAAUGGCGUGCUAGAUUUCAUUAAGACGGAUUUCGAUCGUGAAAAUGAUGCUAAUUCUCUACUCGUCAAGUCAUUCACGUUUGAAAAAUACAUCAGUGGGAAAUAUCUCGGUGAAGUUGUACGGAUAAUUCUUGUUAAAUUAUUGAAGGAUGGUUUAUUAUUUACAAGAGAAACUCCAAAAAAAUUGCUUACAGUAGGAAGUUUCUUAACAGAUUAUGUAUCCCUUAUUGAACAAGACACUGUUGAUGGUGGUGGUUCUAAUACAAAAGAAGUAUUGGCUAAGUUCGAUAUAGUACCUGACGAAGAAGACUUAAAAAUUGUUCAAUAUGUUUGUGAAGUUGCCUCAAAUCGUGCAGCUCUUCUCGUAUCUAUUUGCUUAGCAACCCUUUUGGAUCACAUGGAACGUGAAGAAGUGACAAUAGCAGUUGAUGGGUCUCUCUAUAAACAUCAUCCUCGUUUUGAAAGUUGGAUGAAUCAAUAUAUUAGUUUGUUAUCACCUGCAAGAAAGUUCAAACUAAUUCAGACUCAGGAUGGAAGUGGAAAGGGUGCUGCAAUUGUAGCUGCAAUAGCAUUGAAGUUGAAACAAAGAUUGGAGUGAAUGACAAAAAGUUAUCUACUUUUAAUGUGUUGUUUUAUGUUUCAUUAAACGCAAUCAGCAGUCUGGCAAAUUAUGAUUAUAAAUCUUAAUUUCUACUAUCAAGUCUGAAAGUUUAGUAAAUAUUGUUGAUAAAGUUUGAUUAUGUUAAUUUCGGAGAUUCUCGUGAAUAUUUUAUUUUAACACAAUUAUCAAUUUUUGCAAACUCUUUUUUAUGAUUAUAUUAAAAAUAUAAGGUUAAGAUUAUAUUUUGUUUUUAAUUUACAUUAAAAUUUCAUGCAUUUUAAUUUGUCAUAUCUAAUCUAAAAUUUAAAUAUUUUAUGGAACAUUCUUAAAAAUUAAUUAAAU